AAAUACUCCUAAUCUUAAACAUUUUUUCAUCUCUUCUCCAAUUCUUCCUAAAUCCUAUUCUUAACUCUCUACUCUCUACACAACAAAGCACAAUUAAUGAGAUUUCUUUGUAUUUAACUUAUGAUGUUGAUUUUGAAGAAGAUGAUGAUUUUGACGUACUAAACUGGUGGAAGGGAAAAGAAAGAAUGUUCUCGGUUUUAGCAAAGAUGGCUAAGCAAGUGCUAUCAAUGCCGGUUUCAACGGUUGCCGUGGAACAAGAAUUUAGUUCGGCCGGCAAUGUUCUAACACAAACCAGAACGAGGUUGAGCGCUGAAUCUCUUGAGAUGCUUAUAUGUUACCACGAUUGGUUGAAAGCAGCACGUAGAGCUCAAGAAAUUGACAUCACUCCAUCCCAACACUUUAUGGAUGAAUCUACAGAGGGUGGCUCUACUUAUGUCGGAGAUUCCGAU